AGCAGAGCAUCCUCACCUCCUUCCUCCCGCCCUGCACCCCGCUCUCCGCUGUGGCCCUGUGGGGCCAGCAAAACCUCCCUGAGAGGGAGGACGGGACUCUGAGGGGCUGGAGGCUCGCCGUGACCUCGGUUUGCUUUGACUUUUUGAGUCUGACGGGAACAGCGGCUCUGAAGUGCCUGUCUAGGUGACGACGGUUGGUCACUGCUAGCACCGUGCUCUCAAAUUCGGAAAUAUAGUAAGAAUUUAAAGGACAAAUGAAGCUGUAAUUAAUAUUUAUUAGAGUUUUGUGCGGAUAUUGUUGGAAAAGCUUUCAGUAGACUAUCAAACAAUGUGGUUUUAACUAGUCUUUUUCAGCUUAGUUUGCUAAAUCUGACUGACACGCUGUGUUAGCAGAGCCCGUCAGCGUGUUCAGCGUCGCGCAGGAUGGGCUCGGCUGCGCUCGGGUCUUUCCGUCGUUCCGUUUCGCUCGUUUCUUGUCGUCGCUCGGUUUUGUGACACUUCUGUGAAAAUGAUGAAACGGGGAACAGGUGGGAAAAGCAGCUACAGCCCAUAUUCAACGAGCCAGAGGGUCAAGAAGUCAGACAGUAAAACCAAACUGGAUAUCUUGCCCAAUAGACCCAACGUGUGGCUCAAGCAGCUGUCCAUUCUCCAGGAGCAGCCUCGGAAAGAUACCUCAGACUCCAGCACCUCGUCUUCCGCCAAUCCUGCCAGUCUUUGCCCCUCUGUCACAGAUGCUCCGAGCUGCCCGGGCACUCCCUCUGCCCAGCACACCAAGCUGGUGGGCUGCCCUUCUCCCGUGGGCACCCUGAAGAGACCCACAGCACUGAGCCGCCAUGCCAGCGCCGCAGGCUUUCCUCUCCAGUCGUGGGUGUUCAGCAAGGGCCAAGGCCGAGCAGCCAUCGCCCAGAGCCCGCAGGCCGAGACGGUGGAGAUGCCCGCCAUCAUUGAGGUGGAGGACAUCCCCUCGCUGCUGCGUGUGGUGGCCCGCUUCGCCGAGGCUAUGGAGAAACUGAAAGAUGUGGUGCUGGAAGACAAACAGGAGAACCGGCGGCCGCUGGCUCACGAGUGUCUUGGGGAGGUCCUGCGAAUCCUGCGGCAGGUCAUCAGCAUGUACCCUCUCCUCAACACAGUGGAGACCCUCACUGCAGCUGGCAAGCUCAUCUCCCAGGUCAAAGGGUUCCACUAUGAAGUCUGCAAUGAGUCUGAGAAAAUGGACUUUGAGAAAGCCAUCGAGACCAUUGCAGUCGCUUUCAGCAGCAACGUGUCAGAGCUGUUGAUGGGGGAAGUCGACAGCAGCACUCUCUUAUCUGUACUGCCCACAGAGAAGAGCAGGUCUAUGGAGAAUCUGUACAAAAUCUCUGGUCAGGAAACCUCACAAACACGGAGCGACUCUUCUGAAUUUGUAAUGAGCGCGGAGGAGGUGGACAUCCUUCUGCAGCGCAGUGAAGGUGGAGUGGAUUCUGCUCUGAUGUACGCCAAGACCAUCUCCAAGUACAUGAAGGACCUCAUCGGCUACGUGGAGAAACGAAUCACACUCGAGGUGGAAUUUUCCAAGGGCCUCCAAAGACUGUACCAGGCUUGCAAACAGACCAUCACACAGCCGCACAUGCCUUUCUUCGCCAUCUACUCUCUGGCUCUGGAGCAGGAUCUGGAGCAGAGCGCUGGAGUACAUCAGGCUGCAAACACCCUGCACAACCAGACCUUCAUACAGCCUUUGAUGCAGCGUAAGCAGGAACACGAAAAGAAACGAAAAGAGAUCAAGGAGCUGUGGCUCAAAGCCAAGAGGAAACUGAUGGAGUCUGAGGCUAACUUGAAGCGGGCUAAGCAGGUGUACGUCGCUCGCUAUGAGGAAUACGAGAAGGCCAAGACGGCAGCUAGCAGAGCAGAAGAGGAGGGCAGCAGCUCCACCACCAAAGCACUGGACAAGAAGAAACGACUGGAGGAAGAGGCUCGCAAUAAGGCUGAGGAGGCUGAGGCUACAUACCGCACAUGCAUCGCAGACGCCACCACACAGCACCAGGAGUUGGAGCACACAAAGGUCACAGUGCUGAGACAAAUUCAGGAGGUCAUCAAGCAGAGUGACCAGACGCUCCGCUCUGCUACUAUUUCCUAUUACCAGACCAUGCAUGUGCAGACGGUGGCCCUGCCUGUGCACUACCAGACCCUAUGUGAGAGCAGUAAGCUGUACGAUCCGGGCCAGCAGUACGCCACCCACGUCAAAGACCUGCAGAUGAGCGAGGAGCCUGAAGUCCAUUACAGCUUCGAGCCCUACUGUCCCAUCAGCAGCCAGCAGGCAGCCAGACUGCGCACUGACAGCUCCAACACAGAUGCUCACAGCAGCACUGAAGCAUCAGCAACAGGAGAAGAUCCAUCCUCCUCUCAGAAAGAGGAGCAGAAGAAGGCACGAAGUCACAUGACCCACAAAUCGUGGGGCUCCACAGUGAGCGACACAGACAGUGUGUGUGGAGGAAGCGGGUUGGGCUCCCCCACCACCAGCACAGGUGACAUCAGUAAAAUGGCACGAACAGCAUCCACAGGAACCAUGUCAUCAAACGAGGAUGCAGAUGAGAAGGAUGGAAACAUGUCCUCCUUUGAAACUUCCAACAUUAACGGCAUCGAGCCUGAGAUCGUGGUGCCCACUGGGCCGUUCCGGAACAUCGGCUUGUCCAAAGCUGCGCAGACGCACCGACUGCGCAAACUGCGCUCUCCAGCCAAAUGCCGGCAGUGUGACAGCUAUGUGUACUUUCAGGGGGCGGAGUGUGAGGAGUGUUUCCUGGCCUGUCAUAAGCGCUGCUUAGAGACUCUGGCUAUUCAGUGUGGUCAUAAGAAACUGCAGGGCCGCCUCCAGCUCUUUGGGCAGGAGUUCUCCCUGGUGUCCAACAACAGCUCCGAUGGCAUCCCCUUCAUCGUCAAGAAGUGCAUCUGUGAGAUAGAGAGGAGAGCGCUUAGGAUGAAGGGCAUUUACCGGGUGAACGGGGUAAAAACACGGGUGGAGAAGCUGUGCCAGGCCUUCGAGAAUGGCAAGGAGCUGGUGGAGCUGUCCCAGUCUUCUCCACACGACAUCAGCAACGUGCUUAAACUCUACCUGAGACAGCUUCCAGAGCCCAUCAUGCCUUUCCGCCUAUACAAUAGUCUGAUGGGCCUGGCUAAGGAGAGCUUGGCCCUUGUGGGGCCUGAGGGGGCUGAGGCUGGGAAGGGGCCGGACCUGGUGGAUCUGGGCCAAAAGACAGACCCUGAGCUCAUGGUCCUGGUGCACCGACUAAAGGAGCUCCUUGCAGAUCUCCCCAAAGCUAACAUCACCACGCUACGCUACAUAGCACGCCACCUACGCAGAAUUGCAGAACUGGAAGAGGAUAAUAAGAUGAGCCCCAGUAAUUUGGGUAUUGUGUUUGGACCCUCGAUGAUGCGGCCCCGGCCUUCAGGGGCCACGGUGUCCCUCUCAUCUUUGGUGGAUUACCCCUAUCAAGCCCGAAUUGUGGAGACCCUCAUUGUGUUUUACCGCACUAUCUUUCCAUCCGAGUCACACCACACAGGCAGCACCAGUGCAGUCACCUCCCCAUCUCUGCAGCAGGAGAGCAGUGUGGAUGGGGAGGACUCUGGGACAAAUGAUGGAGAUGAAGCAGAUCACACUGAGGAACAUGGAGGAACCGAGGCAGCCAAGCUAAGUGAAGGCAGAGACGGCUCCACAGGCACGCUUGGCUCGCUGGAGCACAGCCUGGACUCUGACUCAGAGCUGGAAGAGGAAGGACAGGUAGAAGCACCGAUUCUCAGCCCCAUGGACCAGUGCAGCAGCGAGGACCCUGGCCAUCCUUCUGCAGCCACUGACCUUCAGAGCCCCUCUGGCUCGGACAGUGAGCCUCCUGCUCUGCCUGAUAGUGAGCCUCCAGACCUCCACAGUCCAGAGGAGGAGACAGCAAUGAGCUCGCUGGGAGAUCAACCAGUUCAAUAACAACAGGGCACUUCCCCCAGUGUUAGUCAGGGGACAACGUCCAACUGCAGGGACAUUUCUAAGAACACUGCAAUGUUAAGAUCAUCUCAGAUACUAGAAGAGUGCACAGUACAGACCAAAUGUAAUAUUGUGAUUGCACUCACUGGCCACUUUAGGUAGGUACGCCAUCCUUGUUUCUACACACACAGCUCCAUCUGUUUCUCUGCAUAUUUUGUUAGCCUUUUUUUACACUGUUCAUCAAGGGUCAGGACCUCCACAGGACCAGAGGUCUUGGUGGUACCAUGUUAAUGGGUGUGUGUGUGGUGCACUGCUGGGUUAAGAAUAGUCCACCAACCGAAAAUAAACAGCCAACAGUGUCCAGUGGUCAGAAACUGUCCACUGAUGAAGGACUAAAGGAUGUCUAACACAACCUGCACAAUAACAAAUGAGCUACUGUCUCUGACUUUAAAAGAUACACCAAAAAAGGUCAGCCUAAUAGAGCGGGCAAUAAGUGGACAGUGUCUAAAACUCCCGAAGCACAUAUUGUGAUUACAAUAUAGCUAACAACACACUGAGGGGGAUUUCUACCAAUUUUCAAAUUUCUGCAUAAUUCAGUCCCUGAGAUGUAAAUAAAGUGCCUUUUUUACAGUGGUGGUGAAAGGAACCAGGGGUUGUAGACAUCACGAAUAUAGCCAUUUUAUUUACUAUCCAUAAUCACCAGUAAACCUGUUCGACCCUGCACCUUCCUUUGCCCUGAAUGGACUUAAAAAAUGAGUUUUAGAGGAAAAUCUUAUCUCAGGACUGUUCUAACACAAUAUCUCAGGCAUCAGGCUGUGUAUACAUAACCACUUUAUGUAAUACAUUUAUGUGAGAAGGUUUUUAGGGGCAUUUAUUACUUUGGACGUCUGGUUCCCAUCACCACCACUAGAACAGAGCAUUUCACAUCGAAUCUGUUUACAUCAUAACCGGUUCAUUAUGUAGAAAUGUUGAAAAACCAGUGGAAUUUGAUCCUUUGAAAAAAUAUACUAAAGUAUAACUGAUGUCACAUGGAUGUGAAGUUUAGUUGUGCAUUAAUAUUGAUCAAAAACCUUUACAUUUGCUGGAUCAGGUGAACGUCUAAAUUCAUCCAAACACAAAUUCAUUCGGAGCAUCCAAGGCUCACAGCACAUAAUAAAGCAUUUGCAUAUUGCAGCCUUCCCCUGUAUAAGAUCAUUUGAUACUUGCGAAGGCCUGUAUCACAAUAAUGGUUAACAAAUGCUGUAUUGUGCAGCUCUGGGUCCUGGAGUGGUGAAAUGCCACAUGAUUUGCAUGUUGCUUCAGGAAAAAUGGUUUUAAGGUCUGUGAAUGUGACCAUGUUCCUCUUGACCACAUAUCAAAAUAUUUUUGUAAUAGAAGAGAUAUUUAAAUGAUUUUACUGCCAUUUGUUAUGCAAUCUUAUUCUUUCCUAAUUUCAUCCAGUUUUCACUUCAGUUGUAUUAAUGUUUGACGCUUCAGCAGAACACAUGCUUUUCAGGCUGGCAGUUUGUAAGUCUUUUCAUGCUCACAAUGUUUUGUUCUGGCAAAUAAAUGUUAUUAUACUAUGCUUUUAAUAAAAAUAAACAACGCUUCUGUAAAA